GGCUUCCCUCCAGACUUAAAGUUGUUUACUCUUCAGAGAAGUCAGAGAAGAGCGGAGGGCAGGAAAUUUAAAGAUCUAACGCGCGGGAUUUUAUGUGGGUUUUACGCACCGGCUUGGCAUAGGAGCUGUCAAGGGGCGGUGGUACUGAAACGAGAGACCGUGAUUUAGUGACAAACCCUUGCGCGAAUAACCCUCGUAUUCACGGGAGCUGGUUUCACUUCAUCUGGAGAUUGUUAGAGGAAGUUACAGGAGGAAACAUAAGCGUUUAACUGAGGUGUUGCCUGUGUGGUCACUCCAGUGACCUUUCAGCUGAAACGAGAAAAAAGCAAAAUGGCGGCACUGGAACUUCACUGCGGACUGGAGACUGGAGGGCCACGCGUGUGGGGUGGAGAAAGAGUCGACCUGUUAGACAGUUUUGACUCGGAGAUGCAGGAAUGGGAAGAUCAACUACAAGAGAUGCAGAAGAAGAUUGAAGAUUUGUAUAAUGAGGUCAAAGCACGGAGAGAAGCCACUGAAACCAGAGCAAAUAACGGCAUAAUAAACAACAAAAGCUUGGAUAUUACUUUGCUUCCCGUCGGGUCUGAGUACAGUCAGCAGGUCAAUGGUUAUCAUCACGGCCCCGAUAACAUCCACCGUGUGCAUCAAUACAAUGAAGUUGGCGGUCCUUCGGUUAAGCGACACAAUGGGUUUCAUUACCCAAGCGAUUUCUGCAAUGGCUCACACCUUAAUCCAUUGCACAAUAGUGGACAUUAUCCAGGAAGCUGUCAUGAUAUUGAAAGACAAGAUGCAACCUUGGAUAUCCUGAAUGGAUACAUGCAACAGGGGCCACAAUUUGGGAAUAGCCAAAAGAAUCUUGGAGCUCAGAAUACGAACCGAAUGGGGCAUCCGGUUCUGCACAGUUAUCAGGAGAGUAAAAAAACAAGUCCUGGGACGAACAGGACUUCAUCAAGUGUAGUUCUGGAUGCAUUUGAAGAUGCUGAGAACAAGAAAAACAAGAAGGCAAACAUGGAGGAGUCCCUUAACUGGAAAGACCCGACUCCAUCGCAGAACCUUCCACUAAAAACCGUGGCACCUAAACAGAGAGACGCUCCACCCGUACCCCCUCGUUCCUCUUACCACGAUUCAACACAGCAACCCGACAGGAAGUGCUUGUUGGUUGACAGGAUGUCCGGCAGCCCAUCUGUGUUGCGUAAAUUUGGCGCUAUGUUGCAGGAGAACGAAGGGAAGACACUCAUCGAGGAUGGUCUGGUGACCACUGUGGUUCCCACCGAGCACCUCGCCAACACUCCCGUCCGCCAGCGCAAGUUCAGCGUCGGUCGGGCAUCUCCACGUGUGCCCGUCCAGAAAAAAACUCCUGCGGACUGUGACGUAGCAAUGGCAGAACUGGAGCCCGGCCAGGAGCCUCGGGCAGCUGUUGCUUCCAGACACGUUUCAGUGCUCAACGGUGACAGAACGAAGGGCGUCUCGCCUCCAGAGCGGUCACCUCUCAAAACAGGGUGUCACAAGAAGGUUUCAGAGUCUAAAGAGCACAAAACAGGUGAUGAUCUGUUCUCAGACUUCCGGAUGGUGGAGAGGAUUCUGGGAGCCGGGUCUCAGCACUAUGGAAAGGUGGGAGUCGACACGAGAUGGGGAAACGAAAACUUGGAGCAACUUUUAGAAAUGAUGGAGAUGGAAAACAGUAGAAGCCAAAGGGCCAAAUUCACCCCGCAACUGGACACUAAGCAGCAGGUCAGCUGUGAGUCGUCUUCCGCUCCCCGCAGAAGCAGCUUCUCCCGACCCACUGGACCAGCCAAUCAAAGGCGUCCAACCAGAUGGGCGACGCCUACUUCGAGCAAAACAAGAUCUACAUCCUGCCCACCAAGCGUGAAAGGCAAACAGCUCCUAAAUUCAUAUUCCCUGCACACAGAAACGGUGAUCAUGUGAUCAAAAAACAUAGACAAUUUCAUCAACAUUUGACUCAUUUUCCUUGAACUUCAAAGUCUCUUAUUGGAGUCCAUCAAGCGUUUCUUUGAAACGCUUAAACUUUACAACUCAGUGCUCUGGAAAGUAACUGCAAAUUCUGUGACCUGGUGAACUUCUGUGCCUAUAAACUCAUCCGUAUUUCUUUCUGUCAUUCUCAUCACUUUUUUAUUCAUUUCUCCCUCUUUUCUAUUUCUCCGAGUGCUUUGUAUACAGUGCGAUUUUUGCGUGCCACAUUUUUGUAACCGUGCAAGCAUGAAUGCCACACAUGUAUCGAAACAUACAUGUCGACAAGUUGUUGAGCCUUAUGUAUAAUGAAUAAUCUGUGAAAGUGUGUGCAAAUGUUUUGAUGUUAUGCCAUUGGUUCGUUGCAUUAGCGCUUCAUAAUAUUUACGUGUGGAGCUCAAAAUGGGCUCCUGACAUGAGCUGCACCUUUUUGAAUGAACCCGUCUACAUUUUCUGGCCAUGUAAAUUGCCAAAUGAAUGAAGCCAAACCUUUAACAUCUGUGUAUCUUUUGACUGUAUUAUAAUGAAGAAUUGCUUUUGGAAUGUUUGUUUAACAUUGUGAUAUGAUCCUUACGAUAACAUGAUGCUUUCUGUGUUUUUUUCUUUCUGGAUAAUAAACGCGUAAGUGCUUUCAUGCA